CCCUGCCUUCCACCGCCCGCUGCUUUUCUGCGACAUUUUCUCCAACGAUUGCAUUUCAAAUUCUUCCCUCAUAAAGAAGGGAAUUAAGAGAAAGAAAAUUUUAAAAGGAAAGAAAAUAAAGGAAGCCUUCAUUAGUUUUUCCACGUUCCCGUUCUGCACUCUCUCUCUCUCUCUCUCUCUCUCUACCGGAAAACCGCAUCUCGGUUGAAGGGAAGCGGGGUUCCGCACUUCCCCCUUCUCGUCGCCUCGUUUUUUUGUUUCCAUUCUCUUUGUUUUCUCCGCGGCCGGGAAACGAGAAAUCGUAUUCGAGAUGAGUUCCAAGGAGCUGCUUGGGAUCGAGCCCCUUGAGCUUAAAUUCCCUUUCGAACUAAAGAAGCAGAUCUCGUGCUCUCUUCAGCUAUCUAACAAGACUGAUGAGUACGUUGCGUUCAAGGUCAAGACGACGAGCCCAAAAAAGUACUGUGUCAGGCCUAACUCUGGGAUCGUGCUGCCCCGAUCCACAUGUGAUGUCAUCGUUACAAUGCAAGCACAACGGGAAGCUCCGCCCGACAUGCAAUGCAAGGACAAAUUUCUUCUUCAGAGUGUCAUUGUGAACCAGGGUGUAACUGCAAGGGAUAUUACCCCAGAAAUGUUUGCAAAAGAGUCAGGUAAUGUGGUGGAUGAGGUGAAGCUCAGAGUUGUCUAUGUGUCGCCACCUCAACCACCGUCUCCUGUUCCUGAGGAAUCCGAGGAGGGCUCGUCACCGAGGCCGUCUUUAUCAGACAACAGGAGUUUAAAUGCCGCAGAAUUAAUUGCUGCAACGAGAGAAUAUGCUGAUCCUCAAGAAAAAUCAUCUGAGACAAUGGCUUUAAUUUCGAGGUUGACUGAGGAGAAGAAUUCUGCUAUUCAACAGAACAGUAAGCUUAGACAGGAAGUGGAACUUCUGAGGCAAGAAGUCAGCAAGCAGUUAGGCGGCUUCUCAUUCAUGUUUGUGAUGAUCAUUGCCUUGCUGGGAAUUCUUCUAGGCUAUCUUGUGAAGACAUAACUGUCUAAACUGCAGGCCUUGUUGGUCAUUUCCAACAGAAAGUUGAACAGCAUUUGACAACUUGUCUGUUAGUUGAGUUAGCUGUUUGUGGAAUUCAGGGCAUACUCACCUAAGGUUUGUUUGGUUCCAUAGUUGUUUAGCAGCAUCCUAGAUUGUGUAGCGUUUGCUUUUGUCAGUUAGCCAUUUCAAUAAAUUUGAUCUAUUUAAUACUUGAUUUAUGAUGAGGGUAGAGAAAGGCUUAGUAGACAUUUGUGCUUAAUCUUAUGUCAACUUUGUCUUUUAAACUUUUGAUGACAGCAAGAGAGAUGAAUUAAUCUCGUGUGGGCACAACUGAUUGACCAAGCCCAAUGUAUUGUAAGAAA